GAUACAAGAACCGAAGAAACUCCUUUCGCUGCGGAAGAAGCCUUUGAAACAGGCACCGAAUAUCCGAAACCAGCAGAGUCACCUAUUGCUGAUGAGAAACCCAAACAGUAUCCAGCAGUUACUGAACUGGUCACAGCUACUAUGCGGUACGAGAUGGAAAGUCCAGAAGAAUUCGAGAAGCGAAUGGAAGAAGUGCCACCGAAACCGGAAGAAGAAUAUGAGAAGCGAAUGGAGGAAAUGUCUCCGAAACGGGAGGAGUCACCUGUCACUGUGGCGGAGCGUGAAGAAUAUCCAACUGUAACGGAAGUGGUUACCACAACCACCCGCUAUGAGAUGGAGAGUCCAGAGGAGUACGAGAAGCGAAUGGAGGAAGUUCCUCCGAAACCGGAAGAAGAAUAUGAGAAGCGAAUGGAGGAAAUGUCUCCGAAACGGGAGGAGUCACCUGUCACUGUGGCGGAGCGUGAAGAAUAUCCAACUGUAACGGAAGUGGUUACCACAACCACCCGCUAUGAGAUGGAGAGUCCAGAGGAGUACGAGAAGCGAAUGGAGGAAAUGUCUCCGAAGCGGGAGGAGUCACCUGUCACUGUGGCGGAGCGUGAAGAAUAUCCAACUGUAACGGAAGUGGAAGUGUAUUUGGAGAGUCCAGAGGAGUACGAGCAGCGAAUGGAGGAAGUUCCUCCGAAACCGGAAGAAGAAUAUGAGAAGCGAACAGAGGAAAUGUCUCCGAAGCGGGAGGUGGCAUGGUUGUCUGAGGAGUCACCUGUCACUGUGGCGGAGCGUGAAGAAUAUCCAACUGUAACGGAAGUGGUUACCACAACCACCCGCUAUGAGAUGGAGAGUCCAGAGGAGUACGAGAAGCGAAUGGAGGAAGUUCCUCCGAAACCGGAAACAAGCAAUAUGUUAUACAGCCGAAAGGAGGAGAGUGCCCACCAAAGAUCGUGGAGAAUGGAAGAGUUCGAGAAACGAAUGGAAGAAGUGUCGCAGAAGCCCGUUGAGGAAUUCGAGAAACGUUAUGAGGACGAAUCUCCGAAAAGAGAAGAGUCACCAGCUAAACUACAACGAUGGAGCGUGAACUAUAUCCAGUGCGUUUUGAGCUUGCAGAAGUGA